GGCCAGCCGGGGCCGGGUGUGGGCCAGUUGUACGGGAGUGGAGCGCGAGAGAGUGAGAGAUAAUGGCGUGCCUAGUAUGGGAAGCACUGCUGCUGACCGCGGCCCUCCUGCUGUCAGACUGCCACUCCGUGUCCGCGGUGUCAAGCGCGCGGACCGCAUGUGCUGAUGGUGCUCCGCCGCCGCCCAACCGAAUCAACACCACCGAACGCCUGCGGCAGCUGCGGGAGCUGAUGGCCGACCCUCGCCACAAGCUGCAGGCCUACAUCGUGCCCAUGGACGACGAACACCAGACGGAGUACGUGUCGCCACAUGACGCGCGCAUCGAGUUCAUCAGCGGCUUCAGCGGAUCCUCAGGCUUGGUCGUGGUGACUUCAGACAGCGCUGCACUUUGGACGGACGGCCGGUACUUCCUGCAAGCUGAGAGCCAAAUGGACUGCAACUGGCAGCUAAUGAGAAACGGCACAGAACCCAAGCCGCCCUCGGAGGUGGAGUGGCUGGUCUCGCAGCUGGAGCGGGGCAGCUCGGUCGGCGGCGACCCCCGGCUCAUCGCAGCCCAGAACUGGCUCCACUUCGAAGCCCGGCUAAGAGAUGCGGGAAUGCAGAUGAAGCUGGUCUAUGACAACCUGAUUGAUCUCAUCUGGACUGAGGACAGGCCGCCGCGCCCUGCAGACCCCAUCGUCAUUCAGAACCUAACAUACGCGGGGAAGCCGUGGGAGGAGAAGGUCGCCGAGCUGAGGGACUACAUGAAGGAAGAGGAUGUGGAGGUGCUGCUGGUUACCGCGCUGGACGAGGUCGCCUGGCUCCUCAACCUCCGCGGAAACGAUGUACCUCACACGCCAGUAUUCAGGGGCUACGCCGCAAUUGACCACGACAGCGUCCACCUCUGGGUCGAGCUGGCCAAGGUCACUGAUGACGUCAGACUCCACCUCAAGGCCCUGGACUGUGCGGAUGGUGACCUCUGCGUGCAACUGCAUAGGUACGACGAGGUGCUGUACAAUUUUGGCUCGUACAUACGCCAGAAAUGGAAGGGGAAGAUCCUCCUCCCAGCCCGCUCCACCUAUAUUGAUGGGGUCAGCUUCUCUUUCUACAACCAGGUUCCCUCCGCCAGACGUGUAUUCGUCGAAUCACCAAUUGUGAGGAUGAAGGGCCGAAAGAACCCAGUGGAAAUCGAAGGGAUGAAAGCCGCAAACAAGAGGGAUAGCGUAGCACUCUGCCAAUUUCUGGCUUUUCUAGAAAAAGAGAUCCAGUCGGGGAAAGAAUGGGACGAGCUCUCGGCCGCCGAUAAACUGCUGCAGUUCCGCGCGGAGCAGGACCUGUUCAUGGGGACCAGCUUCGAGACGAUCUCUGCGUUCGGCAGUAACGCGGCCAUCAUCCACUACACGCCCGACAACACCACCAAACGAGCGAUCGACACCUCGUCCACAUACCUGCUGGACUCGGGAGGUCAGUACCUGGAUGGCACCACGGACGUGACGCGAACCGUACAUUACGGUCGGCCCACCGAGUUCCAGAUGGAGGCCUACACGCGGGUCCUAAUGGGCGCCAUUGACCUGGCCGACCUGGUCAUCAACAGCCAGGUCAAGGACGUUCAGAUGAGCCUCAUGGUUCGACAGCCGCUGUUUAAGGCCGGCCUCAACUAUCGACAUGGAUCGGGACACGGCAUCGGGGCCUACCUGACCAUCCACGAGGGACCUAUUCUCAUCUCACCUGGAGGAACUGGUCACCUGAUGGAGAAAGGCCAGUUUUUCUCGGACGAGCCGGGCUACUACCAGGACGGAGAGUUCGGCAUACGGCUCGAGACGAUCCUGUUUGUUCAGGAGCUGGACACCGAGCACAAUUUUGACGGUCCAUACAUGCAUUUCGAGCCGGUUACCUUGGUGCCGUUCGAGAGGAACCUCAUCAUCCCCGAGAUGAUGUCACGGAGGCAGCUGGUCUGGCUCAACGAGUACCACCGCCGAGUGCAACUGGAGGUGGGCCCUGUCCUCAAACGGCAGAAACGAGAGCGUGCUCUCAAGUGGCUCGAGGCGCGAACGGCCCCUAUACGGCCGGCGAAAAUAGCGCCUUCUGUUGGGUUCACCAUCAGCUCAGCCGGGCUGCCGGUGAAGUGCAGCACGGUCAUGCUGGUCUGGUUGACCUCAGCUGCAAUCAGUGUUGCCAGGAUCAUGUGAGUCAGACUGGUGUUUAAAUGCGGGAGUGAUGUACAAAUGGCUGCGUUGUCGAUAGUGUCGAUUCAUACAACUGCUGUAUUCCUGGUUGCUGGAAUGCCCUGCUUUUGUGAGCUCGAUUUAUGCAAGAGGUGCUGAAAACAUCGGGCACUGACAUGCUACUCAACUUGCCUUUGUCGUGUCAGAGGAAGCCCAACUGACAUUUUCGCCAUCUUGCAGUGUCAGGGUCAGUUAUUUGUCCAAACACAACCUUCCCGUGUUGUUAGACGAAUCGCGAAGUGUAGCGGAAUACAAAAUCCAACUGACAUGUUUGGUGAGAAAAACUUAAAAAGCGUACGUGCUCGGAUGCAUAUGAUUUCACAUGUACGGUGCCAUCGUACUCCAUGCUUCAGUUCAAUGUCAGAUGUGCUGUUCAAAAGAAGUGUCGGGUCAAGGAGCCUUAAGUGCUGUGAAUUCAGUAAUCCUGGUUUACAUUGAUUGCACCAACGAGAGCGUCCCCUUGAGCAAUGCCAAAUAUACCAAUACUCGACUUA